AUGGAGAAGACCCCACCGCGCCAGCCUGGGGGUCGCGGGGGUGAGCCAGUCUGGUGGGGAGGUGCACCGCAGUACCAGUACGUCCCCUUCGAGCACUGCACCAGCUAUGGGCUGCCCUCUGACGGGCAUCCCCAGGCCCGGCCCAGAGGGGACGCCGCCUCUCGCCCCAACGUCCACCCGACUCAGAUCUAUGGGCACUACAAAGAACCACACCCAGAUGUCUCUGGCCCAGAGAAGGAUGGGGAUCCCUGGGAGAAGGCCCCUGGCCCUGCCCCAGACAGCCAGGAUGAACAGCACCACUCCAAAUGCCAAGACUGUGGGCGGCGUUUGGGGAACUACGUGCGGAGGAAGCUGGGAGAGGACUGGAUCUUCCUGGUGCUGCUGGGACUGGUCAUGGCACUGGUCAGCUGGUCCAUGGAUUACACCAGUGCCAAGAGCCUGCAGGCCUACAAGUGGAUGUACCGUCAGAUGGAACCCAACCUGGCACUGCAGUAUCUGGCCUGGGUCACCUUCCCGCUGGUCCUCAUCCUCUUCAGUGCCCUCUUCUGCCACCUCAUCUCCCCCCAGGCUGUGGGCUCUGGGAUCCCCGAGCUCAAGACCAUUCUGCGGGGUGUGGUUCUGAAGGAAUACCUCACCCUCAAGGCCUUCGUGGCCAAAGUCAUCGCACUCACCGCUGGACUGGGCAGCGGCAUCCCUGUGGGCAAAGAGGGUCCUUUCGUCCACAUCGCCAGCAUCUGCGCUGCUGUCCUCAGCCAGUUCAUGUCCAUGUUCUGCGGGGUUUAUGAGCAGCCAUACUAUUACACCGACAUCCUGACGGUGGGCUGUGCUGUGGGGGUUGGUUGCUGCUUUGGGACUCCACUUGGAGGCGUCCUAUUCAGCAUCGAGGUCACCUCAACCUACUUCGCCGUCCGCAAUUACUGGCGGGGGUUCUUCGCGGCCACCUUCAGCGCAUUUGUCUUUCGAGUGCUGGCUGUCUGGAACAAGGAUGCAGUCACCAUCACCGCCCUGUUCAGAACCAACUUUCGCAUGGAUUUCCCCUUUGACCUACAGGAGCUGCCGGCCUUUGCAGUCAUCGGGAUCUGCUGUGGCUUCCUGGGGGCCAUCUUUGUCUACCUGCACCGCCAACUGGUGCUUGGCAUUCGGCGACAAAAGACUCUGAACAAGUUCCUCACCAAGUACCGCCUGCUGUAUCCCGCGGUCGUGACUUUCGUUAUCGCCUCACUCACCUUUCCUCCAGGGAUGGGGCAGUUCAUGGCUGGAGAGCUGAUGCCCCGAGAAGCCAUCAGCACCCUGUUUGACAACCACACGUGGACCAAACACGUGGGAGAUUUGGAGGUGUUGGGCCUCUCCGCCAUCUGGAUCCACCCCCACGUCAGCGUGCCCAUCAUCAUUUUCCUCUUUUUCAUCAUGAAGUUCUGGAUGUCCAUCGUUGCCACUACCAUGCCUAUUCCCUGCGGGGGAUUUAUGCCUGUGUUUGUGCUGGGAGCGGCAUUCGGGCGGCUGGUGGGAGAGAUCAUGGCCAUGCUGUUCCCCGACGGGAUCCUGUUUGAUGGGAUUGUCUACAAGAUCCUGCCCGGUGGCUAUGCGGUCAUCGGGGCAGCUGCGCUGACCGGAGCAGUAUCCCACACGGUGUCCACUGCGGUCAUCUGCUUUGAACUGACUGGCCAGAUCGCCCACAUCCUGCCCAUGAUGGUUGCUGUUAUCUUGGCCAAUAUGGUGGCCCAGAGCCUGCAGCCCUCACUCUACGACAGCAUAAUCCAGGUCAAGAAACUCCCCUACCUGCCCGACCUGGGCUGGAACCAGCUCAGUAAAUUCACCAUCUUCGUGGAGGACAUCAUGGUGAGGGAAGUCAAGUUCGUCUCGGCUUCCUGCACCUAUCGUGACCUGCAAGCCCUGCUCCAUGCCACAACCGCCAAGAUCUUGCCCCUGGUCGAAUCCCCAGAGUCCAUGAUCCUGCUGGGCUCGGUGGAGCGGUCGGAGCUCCAGACCCUGCUGCAGCAGCACUUGGCUCCCGAGCGGCGGCUGCGGGCGGCCCAUGAGAUGGCGCAGAAGCUGGCGGAGUCUCCCUUCGACGGGUUGGCGCGGAGGGUGGGGCCGGCCGGGCAGAGCCACCGGGAGUCCUUCGCUUAUGUGGACGAGGACGAGGAUGAGGAGGGCAGUGGGAGGCCUGAGCAGCCUCCUCCUCCCCACAACCCUCUUGCUGCCUCCCGGCUUCCGGAUGAAUCCAACGGACCCCUGCCCCCCAACAAGCUCCAGCCAGAGGUGCCCAGCUCUCAGGCGACCCCAGCCCGUGGUUUUCUGGCCCUUCCUCUGCUGCUCCGCCGCUUGUUGGGCAGGGCCCCUCGGUCCCAGAAGAGUCCUAGGAUGGCAGCCCAGGAUUCAGCUGACCUAGUGGACACAAUGGCCCCGGAGGAAAUUGAAGCCUGGGAACAGGAGCAGCUGAGCCAGCCUGUCUGCUUCGACCACUGCUGCAUCGAUCUCUCCCCCUUCCAGCUGGUGGAACGGACCUCCCUGCAUAAGACGCACACGCUGUUCUCCCUGCUGGGAAUCCACCUGGCCUUCAUCACCAGCAUGGGCAAGCUGAGAGGGGUCCUGGCCCUGGAGGAGCUACAGAAGGCCAUCGAGGGCCACACUAAGUCAGGGGUCCAGCUCCGCCCGCCCCUCGCCAGCUUCCGCAACGCCACCUCCGCACGCAAGGACUCCCGGGGACUGCCUCUGAAUGCCGAGGGCUGGGGCCAGCCGGAUGGUGGGCCCGGUGAGGGGGGCGGGGAAGGACCACCUUCCCCCAUAUCCCCACCCUCUCCGGCCCCACCCCUGCUGAGUGAGGCCUUUAGGGUGGGGACGGAGGAUGGCGAGCUGGAGGACUUUGAGCUGGGGAGCCCCUCCAGAGCAGAAGAGGACAUCUCAGACAUCCUGCAGGGACCCAGCCUGCGCUCCACAGACGAGGAGGAUGAGGAUGAACUGACCCUCUGAUCUCCUGAGAAGUUGGGCCGAGCCCCCGGCCCAGUGGCCCAGAGGGACCCACAGCCCCAACCCCCAGUCGGGGCCCCCGCUGUAUCCGAGCCCUGCGGGGUAUUCCCACAGUGUCACAGUCUUAAACCCUCCCGAUUCCCCUGGCCCUCCCACACUGAGUGGCCCCACUCCCCACUGCCCCUAGUCUUGGCCCACACCUGGGCAGUGUGUUUCCACACUCAGGAGAGUCCCUCCAGCACCUCCUCUCUUUGCCUCAUGCCUCUGCCCCCACCCUCCACAACCAGGCUCAGAGUGUAGCUGGACCUCAGUUUCCCUCACUGCCAACCCUGUGUCGAGCGAAGGUGGGUUGGGGCCACCUCAGGGAGGGUUUAUCUGACUUUGACUCUGAAUAAAGCUCUGCUCCUCC